AUGGACCUGACGACAGCCAGCGGGUUCUUGCUUGCUUGCGUCUGUAUGCUCCACUGCAAACAAGACGAUUUCAUGGCCCUGCUGGCCAUCAAGUGUAGUUCAUUCUCUAAGAUGAACAGAGGCACGUCAAAGAGGUGUGACUGUGCUGCCCUGGGCUUUGACGCUUAUCCUAGUGUGCGGGAAGCAAACCAGCUCUUGGAGAGGUGUUUCGCUGUGCCUGGUGGAUGGGGCAUUACAAUUCGGCGACACCCAAACGUCAUUAUUGCUGGUCCAAUGCCCGUGGUGGCUACGGCUACACGCAAACGGAAGCAGGAUGGAACGGUUUCCUACCAGGGCACUGCGGAGCUUCGAGAAACGGCUUCUGGAGUGAAUGUUCCAAUACUCAUGCAGUCUUCGGUUCUCAGUGACACGUUUUCGCGGGAAACCAUGAGUGACCCGGAGCUGGAAGCUUCAAUCCGCGAGGAGGACUCCCGAGAAAGUCACCAGCUGGCUUCCAUGGCUGCGUCCAAGGAUGCCUGCGGAACAGUAGCACUUCAAGAGACUGAUUUGGAUGAUGAUGCGAUGAGAUCCAAAUUGCAGGAGUCUUGUGGUAGUUUGGAUGGAGAACCCGGGGACCAUGUUGCACCGCCGAAUAUCCGGCCUGUUGCCACACCAGCCCGCGCAAACCGCGACGUAGGCCCUGAGAAGGGCACAGGGAAGCUUCAGCAGGGAAAGUACAAGAAGCCUUUGACUCGCCAGGAAAUGUCGGAUCUGUUCCGUGACAUGAAUUUCAACAAGCCUUUGCAGGCACAGUUUGGCGCACAGAUCAUCAUCAUUGUGACUCGCAAGUCCAAGAUCAAGAUCCUUGUGGAUCAGGGAUGGUACAGUGAGAUGGAAAUGAAGACUGAUUUGAAAUGGAGCGCGCCAGGUCCCUACACCACGUGCAUUUUCCAAAACACUUCAAUCAAUAGAAGAACCUUGCCUACUCCGCUUCACUAUAUUCUCUAA